AUGCCCUCCGCCGCUCAAGACCCGCGCAUCCUCUCGCUCGUUCGCAACCGCCUCUCGCGCUCCCUCCACGCCGACUACGGCGGCUUCGCCUCCGACCAGGCCCAGCUCAUCAAGCUCGGCGACGUCCAACUCGACGGCGUACAGCUCGACGGCGACGACGACACGCAACCGACCCGCGGCGCAACGGCGACCGUCACCUGCCACCUGACCGUCGCCGAGGCGUGCUGCAACCCGUCCGGCAAUGCGCAUGGUGGGUUCAUGGCCUGGCUCGUCGACCACUGCUCGUCCCUCGUCCUCCUCGCCCUCGCAGGCCCGGGCGACAGGUGGGUCACGAGCGGCGUGUCGACUCAGCUCCAGCUGUUCUACGUCGGUGCCGCACCGAUCGGCACAAAGAUCCGCAUCGUCAGCACACUGCUGCAGCAAGGGCGCGUCACGGGCCUUCUCGAGACCCGGAUAGAAGACGAAGCGACGGGCAAGCUCCUCGUGCACGCGACCCACACCAAGCAGGACCCGCAGCCUCGGUCCUCAAAGCCUAAGCUGUAGAAGCUCGAGCCGGCGGGGCAAGGACGGGCAUCCGCGGGCGUGCGGGAGACGCAAUCUCUUCAUUCUGUGCCGU